ACCGGGGCCGGGCAAGACAGGGAGACAGGCCGCUUCGUCCCGGAACCCGCGCGGGGAGCCCUCUGCACUCCCAGCACGGACCCUGGCCGUCAGCCUCGGGCUCCGACCUCCGCCCACCCUUGUUCCUGACGCCUCCUGACUUCUCAGGGCCCUUCCCCGGACCCUCCCGAGAGUCCCCCCACCCCCACCCGUCCCUCCCGAGGGGUCCCCUCAGGGCAAGGACCUUCGCCCACCUUCUUUACCGACCCUCAGGACCUCUCCUGGGACCCUUCAGGACCUCCCCCAUCCCUUAUCUCGCAGACCUGCCCCCGCAGGCCCAGGACAACACCACCCCUUCCGAUCCCUUAGGAUCCCUCCCAUCUGCAAAACCCUUUCCACCAUGUCCCUCCUCUCAUUCCUCAUCCUAUCGGCCUACACCUGCCCCCACCCCCAAGGAUACCAGCCUCAGGGCCUUCCCUGUCCCUCACUUCUAACCCCACAGGACCCCUGCCUAGCCUCUAUAAACCAGGAUUCCUGUCCACAGGCCUCACCUCACUACCCCUGGAAAUCAUUCCUGAGGUCCUCCCAGCACGCUCCAGUAGCUCCACAAACACAUACCUGACCCUGACUCAUCUUGAUCCCUGCUUCCUGGAAGUCCACACUGACCUCUUGCUCAGCAGUACCUCCCAAUUGUUAUGAGCUCCCCCUCCCCACCCAGAGACACGUCUUUCUGAGAGCUUCACAUAGCUCACACACACACAGGUCUCACACAGAGAGAUACUCAUGAACCACCACCAUCCCCCCCAAAAAAAGCAUAAUGAUGGGCAUCCUGGUACCCACCGUAGACAUUCAGGAGCCCCUGAUAUGCACACGUACACAUACAUACACACAAUCAAACACUUGGACCCCCAACAUACACAGAGAAACUCAGGACCUCCAACACAGACCAGCUGGAACCAUACACACACACUCACACAGGUCUCCUCAACACUCCUUCUUGGACCUUAACUUCCCAGGUCCUCCUAGAGGCCACAGCACUCCCAGCUCUGGCUGAGACUCAGACACUCUGGCUGCCCUGCCCCAGGCAGCCAGUCUGCCCAGCCACAGCAACCUCCCUGAGCUGGCACCCCCACUGGGACCUGGAGGUGGUGAGGUGACCCAUAAUCUCCCUGCACCCUGUGGAAAUCUGCUGCAGGCCUCUUCCCCUUUACGUAUCUCUCCCCACUUUGCCCUUCUUCCAAGGGAAGGACACUCUCUCUCCUACACCGAAGUGUCCCUCAAAGAGUCCCUGCCUGCCCCCCGAUGUAUGCCACCCCUGGCAGGGAGGGGAAGUUCAGACUGCUUGCGGCCCUGGGCCUGAAGUCUGCCCAGACUGGUAGGACCAGCAUGCUGACCCCAUCACGCCUACUGGCCUCAGAUGUCAGGGCCAGUGCUACUGUCCAGGGGCAGCCCCUGACAAUCCAUGUAAUUUCUUUUACCCACAACCCAUAUGUUAUGCCAAAAUGAAACAGCUUCCUUCUUUCCUGGCAUUUGGGACCCUGUGGGGCUGGGUUCGGGCCUGCCAGAAGCAGACAGCUCUUUGUUAAGGAUUCUUUUCAAAAGAAAAAAUGUGGGCUGGUUUUUCCCUCAGCUGGGCAGUGAUGGAACUAGAGGACCUGUGUCCAAGUAUCUUUUUGGGUUGUAUUGGCUCUUCCUGCCUGUCCUGCUACCCCACCAACCUCACCCUUGGGUCAAACCUGUGGGUUCCCCUGAGCUUCUGCUGUUGACUGCUGGUCAUUUGGAAGGAACUGCAGUUGGCUUGGCCCUGGCACAGGAAUGAGCUGAGCCAAGAGAGGAGAGCAGAUAACAGAACCGGAGCCCAUCCUGGAUCCCACGUGACAUUUCAUCAGCACAUCUGCUUAGGCUCCUCUUGGCCGGAACAGUUUCUCAGACUUUCCUUGUUUUUGAUGACCUUGACAGUUUUGAGGAGGACUGGUCAGGAAUUUUCUAAAAUUCUGGACAGAUCUGUGACCUGGCGCCGCUUACAGCUGAUGAACCUGCCCACCAUGGCAAGCCCCACUCUAAGUCCUGACUCCUCAUCCCAGGAAGCCCUGUCUGCCCCGACCUGCUCCCCCACUUCUGACUCUGAGAACCUCAGCCCUGAUGAGCUGGAGCUAUUGGCCAAGCUCGAAGAACAGAACCGGCUCCUAGAGGCCGAUUCCAAGUCCAUGCGCUCCAUGAAUGGCUCCCGGCGAAACAGUGGCUCCUCGCUGGUUUCCAGCUCCUCAGCCUCCUCCAACCUGAGCCACCUGGAGGAGGACACAUGGAUCCUGUGGGGCCGAAUUGCCAACGAGUGGGAGGAGUGGCGGCGCAGGAAGGAGAAGCUGCUUAAGGUGGAAGGGAUGGUGGAGGAGCUGAUCCACAAGGGCAUCCCACACCACUUCCGGGCUAUUGUGUGGCAGCUCCUGUGCAGCGCCACGAACAUGCCAGUCAAGAACCAGUACUCAGAACUGCUCAAAAUGUCCUCCCCAUGCGAGAAGCUGAUCCGCAGAGACAUUGCCCGCACCUACCCAGAGCACGAGUUCUUCAAGGGCCAGGACAGCCUGGGCCAGGAAGUCCUCUUCAAUGUCAUGAAGGCAUACUCACUGGUGGACCGGGAGGUGGGCUACUGCCAGGGCAGUGCCUUCAUCGUGGGCCUGCUUCUUAUGCAGAUGCCUGAGGAGGAGGCCUUCUGUGUCUUUGUGCGGCUGAUGCAGGAGUACCGCCUUCGGGAGCUCUUCAAGCCCAGCAUGGCUGAGCUGGGGCUCUGCAUCUACCAGUUCGAGUACAUGCUGCAGGAGCAGCUCCCGGACCUGAACACCCACUUCCGCUCCCAGAGCUUCCACACAUCCAUGUAUGCCUCAUCCUGGUUCCUCACACUCUUCCUGACCACCUUCCCACUAUCCGUCGCCACUCGUGUCUUCGACAUUUUCAUGUAUGAGGGCCUGGAGAUCGUGUUCCGGGUGGGCCUCGCCCUGCUGCAGGUGAACCAGGUGGAGCUGAUGCAGCUGGACAUGGAGGGCAUGUCUCAGUACUUCCAGAGGGUGAUCCCCCAUCAGUUCGACAGCUGCCCAGACAAGCUGAUCCUCAAGGCUUACCAGGUCAAGUACAAUCCUAAGAAGAUGAAGAGGCUCGAGAAGGAGUACGCUGCUAUGAAGAGUAAAGAGAUGGAGGAGCAGAUCGAGAUCAAAAGGCUUCGAACGGAGAACCGGCUCCUGAAACAGCGGAUUGAGACCCUGGAGAAGGAGAGCGCUGCUCUGGCUGAUAGGUUAAUCCAGGGACAGGUGACACGGGCACAGGAGGCCGAGGAAAACUAUGUCAUCAAGCGGGAGCUGGCGGUGGUGCGGCAGCAGUGCAGCUCGGCGGCAGAGGACCUGCAGAGGGCACAGAGCACCAUCCGGCAGCUGCAGGAGCAGCAGGAUAACCCUCGCCUCACCGAGGACUUUGUGGCCCACCUGGAGACUGAGUUGGAGCAGUCACGGCUUCGGGAGACAGAGACAUUGGGAGCCCUGCGGGAAAUGCAGGACAAGGUUCUAGACAUGGAGAAGAGGAACAGUUCACUGCCUGAUGAGAACAAUGUGGCCCGGCUGCAAGAGGAGCUGAAGGCGCUCAAGGUGCGAGAGGGCCAGGCAGUGGCUUCUGCAAGGGAGCUGAAGCUACAGCUGCAGGAGCUCUCAGACACCUGGCAGGCCCAUCUGUCCCGCGGGGGCCGCUGGAAGGAGUCCCCACGGAAGCUGGUCCUGAGCGAGCUGCAGGACGAGCUGAUGAGUGUACGUCUCCGCGAGGCCCAGGCCCUGGCAGAAGGCCGGGAGCUGCGGCAGCGUGUAGUAGAGCUGGAGACACAGGACCACAUCCACCGAAACCUUCUGAACCGUGUGGAGGCAGAACGCUCGGCGCUGCAGGAGAAGCUGCAGUACUUGGCGGCGCAGAACAAGGGUCUGCAGACGCAACUGAGCGAGAGCCGCCGCAAGCAGGCUGAGGCCGAGUGCAAGAGCAAGGAGGAGGUGAUGGCCGUGCGCCUGCGAGAGGCGGACAGCAUGGCGGCGGUGGCUGAGAUGCGGCAACGCAUCGCGGAGCUGGAAAUCCAGAGGGAGGAGGGCCGCAUCCAGGGCCAGCUGAACCACUCGGACUCCUCGCAGUACAUCCGCGAGCUCAAGGACCAGAUCGAGGAGCUAAAGGCCGAGGUGCGGCUACUGAAGGGCCCGCCGCCCUUUGAGGACCCACUGGCCUUCGAUGGGCUAGGUCUGGCGCGACACCUGGAUGAGGACUCUCUGCCAUCGUCAGAUGAGGAGUUGCUGGGCGUGGGUGUGGGCGCAGCCCUGCAGGACGCACUCUACCCGCUGUCCCCUCAAGAUGCACGCUUCUUCCGCCAUCUGGAGCGGCCCGCCAAGGACAGCGAGGGCAGCUCGGACAGUGAUGCUGACGAGCUGGCCACACCCUACAGUCAGGGCCUGGACAACUGAGGCCCUGUCCUUGAGCCCAGUGCCUGGGGUGGGGGAUUGGUGGCACCUCCCUGGGCCUCCAGGGCCACACUUAAACUCCACACCCAACCCAAGGGGUGUGGCAGGGUGCAGAGGGUAGAGUUGGAGCCUGAGGAUCCUCAGGGUACCUACCUGUCACACUCACUGUCCCCAGCACUGUUUAACCAUCAUGGUCUGCACCCCUCCAGGCCCAGUUAUCUGGAGGGUCUGCCCCUCUGAAUGCAAGGGCAUGAGAGGACACAGAGGUCCCAGGACUGAAGAGCAAAAAGCUCCCUCUUCCUACCCAGCCUCCUUCUGGAACAAGGAGGGCCCUGCUGGGAAGGGCCCAGGAGCUGGAGGAGGCCUGAGAAAGGAGGGGCCCCUCUGGGCUGGAUGUCAACACCCCAUGGUGCCCCUUGGGACCCUUGGCAGCCAGGUACAGAUGGCCAAGCUGGGCUUUCCUGCCUAAUACAGGUCUCGUGGCCCCUGAGCAGAAACCAAAGUGCCCCCUACUGUGUGCAGGGCCACCUGGGGUGCACACAGCCAGGGAGCCAGACAGGGGCAAUGUCUGUCCCUGCUUCUUGGGGCCAGAGCAGCAGUACAGAAGUCAGGAAACCCUGUCCCCAGCACCCCUCUAUGAGACAACUCUAUCACCCCAUCUUGAUGGAGGGGCUCCCCACCCAGUCUAGCCUCCUCUCCAGGGGGUCCCCAGCCUCCACUUCCCUUCCUUCCCUGGGUUCCCAGCCCCACCCUCCAGCCAGGGCCAGGCCCCAGGGGAGGAGGCUGCUCAAAGGAGUGGUGUCCUCAUGCCUCCCUCCUCAUGGUGGUCCCGUCGUCUCUGCAGAGUCAGAGCCAAGAACGGUGCCAAAGUCCAACUAUGUUCCCCAGACCUCUCCCUGCAAAGGACUUCUGAUGCUCUUGGGGCUCCUGGAGCCUGGAGCAGCCUCACAAGCAGCCUCCUUGGCGCCUCCUGGAGUGGGGAAUUCAUGUUCAGUGCCCGCUUCCCAGUUACCCACUUCUCAGUGUUACAAAGCCUGGGGACCAGGGUGGGCAUCGCAGGGCUCUCCCAUGUGCCUCCCACACUGCCCACCACCAUUUUGCACACUGCCUGUUCAUACUCCACAUGUUGCCCAGGUGGGAAUAGCAAAUAAAGUGUAUUUACACAGUGACAGACAAGGGACACACUGAGUGGGGC